AUGAAUAUUGCAGCUGCUGUCCGGAACGAACUUUCCGAUCACUACACGUACGAGUUUGUGGAAGGGGCUAUCUCAUGGGAAUCAUCCAACCGAAAUGGCAUUCAUUUAGAGGCAGCGACUUUCACCUACUGUCAUCCUAAGCAGGCAGACUCAUCCUUACGCGCAAUCCACGACCUGGAACGAUUUUUCGAAGAUGAGGGUCGUUUCGAUAGCGUCAUUGGCUUUAGUAUGGGCGCCAGCCUGGCAAUCACAUGGCUGAAGCAUAAACAGGAGGCACUCAAUAUGGGAGACAUAACCAGCCUACCGGUUAACGUUGUAAUCUUGUUUUCCGUCAGUCACGUCUCUGAUUACAGGGUAGUAGAAAAAGGCAACCCAGUGGGAUGGGAUCCGAAUCAUGCUAGUAUUCAGUUGGAAGUACCAAGUGUGCACAUAUGGGGUUCGCAGGACCCAUCCAAGUCACUAGCACAGCGGGGUACGGAGUUCUUUAGACCUGAUAAGUUGUCAACAUAUGCACAUAAGAGAGGGCACGAGAUUCCAUCUUCCAUGGAAGAUGUUACUUAUGUGGUGAAGGCUAUCAACCGAGCCAUAGGGGCGAUAUCACGGGUAUAA